GAGUUCAGUGGCUCGCAGAAUACUGUGGUGUCUCGUCUCCUGGUGCAUGAGAGCCGGGCCGGCGGGGUGAUCGGGAAGCAGGGCAGCAAGAUAAAGCAGAUGAGGGAGAGCACGGGGGCGAGGAUCCGCAUGUGCUCCGUGCCGCCUACCAUUCCAUCAGAGGAGCGCCUGCUCGUCAUCUCCUCGCCCCCCUCCUCUUCGUCCGACCCCUCACCAGCAGAGACAGCGCUCUUGGCCAUGUUCCCUGCUGCACUGCUGCCCCAGGAUGGUCCUCACCCCAACGAGAACCGCCAGCAGCAGCAGCAGCAGAGGGCGGACGAGUCGAGCCGGUCGGUCUUAAACCUGCUGGUGCCGGCGUCACAGUCGGGCGCUCUGAUUGGCAAGGGAGGCCGCGUGAUCAAAGACAUCCGCGAGUCUAGCGGGGCGUUUGUGCGCAUCACAGAGGGGCCUGCGUCGCCGUUUGCACUACCAGCAGACAGGCUUGUGCAGAUCACUGCAACAGCCCCGAAGCUGGAGGCAGCACUCAAGGCGAUUGCCAACGUGCUCACGGCUAACCCUCCUCAGGAGUCUCUAGAAGACAUGGAGACAGCAGGGUCCGUGGCAGCAGCUCGUGCCACCAUAACUCCCUAA